GCUUUCCCUCACGGAUUCACGGAUGUGCACUGGAACCCCCCGGAUUGUGGUAUCAAAAGAAAACUUCCUUCAAGUCCUGGAGAAAUGUCAUCUUCGGCUCUCCGAGAAUCGGUUGGGUCACUUCCUGUCUCGCUGUGGACUGGACGAGACGUUGCCUCAUGUCAAUUACCUGGAAUUCCUGCAGUGUCUCCAGAGCAGACGCCAAAAUGGAAGAGCGCGCCGGGCCCUGCAUGAGGCUGACUAUGGGACCAGAGAUUCAUCAAGCUCAAUGUCCACAUCCAGUGUUUUAGAGGACAAACUCCUACAGUUUCUUCACACUGAUUUUAACACCGUCCUUUCUGAAUUUAGGAGAGCGGAUACAAAUGACCUGAAGGCUCUCAGCCCCCAAGACGUCAGAGCAAUCCUAGAAAACAGAUUUUCUAUAAAGGUAACAGAUGAGGAAUUUGCACAUUUUUUGGACAAAUUGCCCGUUAAUCCUCAUGGAGACAUCAGAUAUUUGGAGUUUAUGGCCAAAUUCGAUGGCAGCGAUGGGAAUUUCAGCAUUUGGGAUGGACGGGAGACAGUGCUGACCGACUGCAGCCGAAAACCAAAGAGCGGUGCCAACCGGGCAAGUGUCCAGAGAGGGAGGAGCGCGGAGCAGCUCACAGAAAUCAUCAGACAUCUUGUCAAAAACAAUUACGAGACUCUGGAGCUGAACUUUAACGAGAUGGACGAGCGCAACACGCGGAGACUGACGGCGGAAGCCUUGUAUCAGCUGCUGAAACGAUGUGACACCCGCCCAGAGAUUUCCAGAGAAGAAGUCCGACGAAUCUGGAAGACCCUAAUUCUUAACCAAGACCAGACAGUUGACUUCUUCCAGUUUGUCCGCCAUUAUGGUUUUUCUGUAAAGUCUUCAUGUUACCCAAAUGCUAAAAUCUCUCCCCCGGUGAGAGGGGAUGGUGACUGCCUGGUUCGCUCUUUGAAGCUCAACUCUGACACCAAAAUCAUUGCAAAUUUCCUGCAGACUAAGGUGAAGCUUCUUCUUGAUGACCUCUGGGUCCAGUUCAAGGAUUCAGAUCCCAUGAAUUCUGGAUCCGUCACUAGAGAAGAAUUUCUUGACCUACUGCAAGAGCUGAGUCCAGACCUCACCAAACACCAGUGUGACACCAUCGCAGCCAAGUUUACUGACAGGCAGAACAGGAUUUCCUACGUCCAGUUUCUUCAGCCAUAUCAGACUGGAAGGAAGAUGAUUAACCAAAGUGGAGGAAAAGAAAAGAAGACCAAGAAGAAGACGACCUCACCCAAGUCAUCCAUCGAUAGCGGCCUUAAUGCCAUCACUACCAAAUUGCGACAGAAGAUAUCCAGCUCAGAGUGGAGGAAUCUCCGUCAGUCCUGCCUUAAGAUGGACACGGAUGGGUCCGGCCUCCUCAGCCUCCCGGAGUUCCGGUCGGUGGUGAAGCUGUGUGACAUCGUCCUGGAUGAGGAGGAGAUCUACCACCUCAUGUCCCACUACGACCAGGAUCUGGCUGGGAAGAUUGACUACUCCAAGCUGCUGAAAGACCACAGCAAGUGACAGACGAGCACAGGGCCGCCGGCCAUCCGCAAAUUCCUGGACCCUCCGUAAAAACAGGCGACUUCUUUCCUGUGUCCGUGAAAUAAAUAGAUGGGAUUCUUUUGAGGUGGUGGCGCCCGGAGAGCGGGUUAUUUUUGUGGCAGUUUUCUGUAUUUCACAGUUUCCAGUUGAUACUGGUAAUGAUCCAGAUACUGAGCAAUGUGCCGCUAUCGCGUCUGAUCUUUAAUAUUCAUUAUGGUUUUCCUAUUUGUCCGGAAUAAAAUAAAAAUUACAGUUGGCGACACUGACGAGCGCAGAGCGUAAUAAACAGGACUGUAAUAAAUGCCAUAACAGUGACAUCCACAGUGCCCCCAUAACAGUGACCUCCACAGUGCCCCCAUAACAGUGACAUCCACAGUGCCCCCAUAACAGUGAC